AUGGAUGCAAAAAUACCAAUCAUUAGAUUCAAAGAGAUAUCAUCAGGUAUUCAUUUCGAUAUGUGUUUUAAUUCAAUGAUUAGUUAUCACAAUUCAUUAUUGUUAGGUGAAUAUUGUUCAAUUGAUAAUAGAUGUAUAGAUUUAGCAUUAUUAGUAAAAUGGUGGGCAAUCUCAAAAGAUUUAAAUAAUGCAGCAGAGAAAACAUUUAGUUCAUUCUGUUUAGUUAAUAUGGUAAUUCAUUUCCUUCAGUCAUUAAAUCCACCAAUUUUACCUACGUUUUUUUUUUUUAAAACUAAUGUCCCUAAACUCAUUUUAACUCUUUUUUUAUAA